AUGGCGGAUAUCAAGCCCUUCAAGAUCGCCGUUCCAGACGCGCAGCUCGACCGCUUGAAGCAAAAGCUCAGCCUCGCCGAGUUCCCCGAUGAAGCCGACUUCUCCGACGACUGGCACUACGGCGUCCCCCUCGCCGACAUCAAACGCCUCGCCGCGCGAUGGCGCGACGGCUUCGACUGGCGCAAGGCCGAGGCCGAGCUCAACCAGCUCCCGCACUUCAUCACGUCCAUCCCCGUCUCCGGCCACGGCGACCUGCAGAUCCACUUCGUCCACCAGCGGGGCUCCCGCGAGGAGGGCAGCAUCCCCCUGCUCUUCUGCCACGGCUGGCCGGGGAGCUACCACGAGGCCACGAAGAUCCUGCCCCUCCUGACGAACCCGUCCGCACCCGGCCAGCCGUCCUUCCACGUCGUGGCCCCCUCGUUGCCCAACUUUGGGUUCUCGCAGCGCGCGGCGCGCAGGGGCUUCGGCAUCCCGCAGUACGCAGAGGUCUGCCACAACCUCAUGCGCAAGCUCGGGUACGAGCGGUACGUGACGCAGGGCGGCGACUGGGGCACCCCCGUGACGCGCAUGCUGGGCCUGCUGUACCCCAAGAGCGUGGCGGCCUCGCACCUGAACUUUGUGCGCGUCGAGUCGCCGCCCAAGUUCACCAAGGCGCCCGGGUCCAGCAUCGCCGACAAGCUGGUGCCGCACACGGCGCAGGAGGAGGAAGGGCUCGAGCGCACGCGCUGGUUCGCCGAGGAAGGCUUCGGGUACAACCUGCUGCAGAGCACGCGGCCCCUGACCAUCGGGUACGCGCUUCGCGACUCGCCCGUCGCGCUGCUGGCGUGGGUGUACGAGAAGCUGAGGGACUGGACGGACCGGUAUCCCUGGACCGACGACGAGGUGCUGACCUGGGUGGGCAUCUACGCCUUCAGCACGGCCGGGCCCGACGCCGCGUCGCAGAUCUACUGGGAGAACAAGCACACUGCCCAGGAGCUGACGGCCAGGACCAAGGAGUGGAUUGGGGAUGUGCCGCUGGGGCUGAGCUACUUCCCCCGGGACCUGAUCGUGCCGCCGAGCAGCUGGGGCAGGACGCUGGGCCCGGUCGUGUUCGAGAGGAGGCAUGCUGCCGGUGGGCACUUCGCGGCAUGGGAGAGGCCGGAGGAGUUGGUGGGCGACUUGCGAGAGAUGUUUGGUGCUGGAGGAGGCGCCGAGGGAGUUGGGAGGGAGUUCGGGGCUAUUUGA